AUGUGGCAAUCAUUGGCGGCUAGUGCCGGAUUUUGGAUUGUUUAUGGCACUUCAGGGAAACCGACAUGGGAAUAUGAUUCUGUGGAUCAUUUGCUAGACAUCACGGACAAUCAUGCCCCCAGCAUCAACGACGUUCUUGGUAACAACUUGAAGCCACCCCUGAAAGAUUCUGAUCAAGCAAAUGAAGCAAGAGACGUCAUAGACUACAUUCCAGAUAUUAGGGACCAUGGUUUCUUGACCACACCAGUUGUGGAACAAACAGUCAUGGAGUCUGGAUUCAGCCAAUACGAUCAACUAUCAAUAAGUAUUCCUGAGCCUUACCAAAUUGGUUCAUCACAAAACUUGGACCACCUUCCCUGCAACUGGGAAGAGGUAUGGCAGAAGGGGAUCUGA